AUGGACUUCGCCGAGCUCGAGGGUAAAAUAUGCGAUACAUGCACAGCCAGCUUGAGCGGGAAGAAAAAGAUCAAGAAACAGGAGGACUACUUCGUAGAGCUGGGUAAAGGCGUCCCUUUCGAUAACUACCAUCAUCAGAGCUACGGUGACUUCGUGGCCAGCAAGGAAGAUGGCUGCUUCAUCUGCACCUGGAUUUGGACUAAGGUGCUACCUGUAGAUAGCCAGUCUGCUGCCCUCGAUGGGUUUCGGAUAUACUGCCACUACUACUACGAGGAAAGGAUACUCUUCUACGUAGUGUGCCCCUGGGCAGCUGAUUUCAGGCUCAUUGUACGUCUGCGGAAGAAGGCGGAUUUUCCGACCCACGCCUAUGGCCGCGCAGGCUCGCCUCCGCAGCCCCCGUGGACCGAACUCGAUGCACAUCCUUGGUCUACUCUCGACCCCAACAUAGGAUCGAGCCAAUCUCUACAGACAAUCCAGCAAUGGAUCUCCUCCUGCAAUAAGAACCACGAAUACUGCCGUCCCCCCAGCUCGGAAGGGGCUUAUUUCCCUAGCAGGGCCCUUGACGUCGACAAGGCUGAGCUCGGUACCGUUCAUCUGCGCGACAGGAGCCAAAUCGAAGCCAAGCACGCGGGGACAUAUCCCGUCUACUGGACACUUUCCCACCGUUGGGGCGACCCAGAGCUGAUCGUACGGCUUCUCUCUACCACGGAGCACCAGUUCCGCAAUGGCAUACGCAUUGACGACCUGUCACCGACUUUCCGCGAUGCAGUCCUGCUGGUCCACCGUCUGGGCUACAGAUAUAUCUGGAUUGACUCCUUGUGCAUCUUCCAAGACUCCCUUGACGAGUGGCAACAGGAGGCCCAGGCAAUGGUGGAUGUGUAUCGGCACUCUUUGUGCAAUAUCUCUGCCGCCGCCGCGUCCUCGGACCCUGGUAGCAGCGGCCUCUUCCGCAGCAGGAAGCUCGACGCACGGCUUCUGUUUCCCUUCAAGGCGGAUGUGAAGCUUUUGGAACGCAGUGGAGGGGUGAGCGAAGGCUCGUAUAUCUUCUGGAACGAAUCCGUCUGGACUGACGAGGUCGAGGGCGUACCCCUCAGCACUCGCGGCUGGGUUGUGCAGGAGCGAUUCCUCGCCCCUCGCGUUGUCCACUUCGCCGAGACCCAGAUCUACUGGGAGUGCCUUGAGGGCAUGUGGUGCGAGGCAGAUCCUGAGGGGGGACUGAGAGCUACUGCGACAGUUUACAAGACUGCAAGGCUCAACCUUGUCAAGAAGCAAGUAGCGCUGUCGGGGAAUCUGCACCCUGCGCGGCAGUCCUCAGAUCUAAUGUUCCACUCUCAGUGGGGUUCCGUCGUCGGCAUCUACACGAGCUGCGCUCUCACAAAGGAGUCGGACAGACUCAUCGCUAUGGCCGGCAUCGCCAAGACCUUCCGAGAAAUCAAUGGCGACACGUACUUGGCUGGGCUAUGGAAGCGCAUGAUCUACACCGAUCUCGCAUGGAUAACAAACACAGGCGAAGGCGCUCAGGUUCGUUACAGCGAGUCGUAUGCUCCAACCUGGAGCUGGGCUUCGGUCGCUGGGGGGAACACGACGUUGAACAUCUUGAGGGGGAAGUACAGUAGCCUCCCCGCGCCGCUCAUAAGUAUUGUCGACGCGCGGAUCGUGACAGAACCUCCGGGCGAGGAUUCCACAGGGCCACUCCGCUCGGCCGAGCUCGACAUUGAGUGCAUGCUAUACUAUUACCGUUGGGUCAGAGAAUCGAGUCACCUCGCCGUGUACACCGACGAGGCGAGGACGCAGCGGGUCUUCGAGCAGACAUAUAGAGCAGGCAGAGACAGAGACCCCCUGCACCUCGACACGACGGAUCUGAUGCGAAGGUUCGCAGGGGUGAAAGAGCUGGAGGGCGUGUGUAUGCCUAUAUGUGGAUCGUAUGAGGGCUACGGAGGGGGGAGUAACGUGUAUAUCAUGCUGGCACAGGACUUCAAUGGCAGGUUCAGACGUAUUGGGCUGUUUCAAGGCGGAGGAAUAGGAACUUGGAUAAGCGAAUGGUCUGGCAAAGGCACGCGUAUCACGCUUGUGUAG